AUGGAGAAGGUGACAAGCAGCUUAGGUUCUCUUUUCGUAUGGACGGUGGUCACUGUACUGCUCUCUCAUAAUAUUGUGCUGAUCCAUGCAAAAUCAGCAGGCCCACACGGCAGUAGUCCUCCCCACGUAAACCCUCCGUCACAUCGUUCAGACGGACCUUCACACGGUAGUCCUCCCCACGGAAACCCGCCUUCACACGGCCGUGGAGGCUACAACCCAACACCAUCAACCCCUUCUGGUGGAGACUGCGGAACUCCUCCAUCAACACCAGGAAGUGACGGUGGAUCCUACCAUUACCCUCCGUCUGCAGGCGGUACCCCCCCAACCCCAGUCAUCGUAAGCCCUCCAAGCGGCAGUACUACCCCGACACCCAGAACCCCUACACCUCCCUUCCUCCCUGAUCCUAACACACCUUUCACUGGCACAUGCAAUUACUGGAGAACACACCCAGGAGUUGUAUGGGGUUUGUUGGGCUGGUGGGGAACUUUAGGCAGUGCAUUCGGUGUGCCUAGCGUUCCAGGGUUCGGAGCACAUCUAAGCUUGCAGCAAGCUCUUUCCAACACACGCAAUGAUGGGCUCGGUGCUCUAUAUCGAGAAGGAACAGCGUCCUUGCUGAACUCCAUGGUGAACAACAGGUUCCCUUACACCACAAAGGAAGUACGGCAGAACUUUGUUUCAGCACUAGGCUCCAACAAAGCCGCAGCCGCUCAGGCUCAGCUUUUCAAGCUGGCCAACGAGGGAAGACUCAAGCCCAGAGCCUGAAAGCAAUUGCAUUGUUCCUCGGGGCGAUCGAAUGCGUUCUAUCUAAGAAUCUAGCCUAGCUAGUUGCUAGCUGUGUUGUUUUGGAUUUAAUUUAUGUUUUCCAAGUACCCGGUUAUAUCUGUGAGGUUACUACAACAAAUAGUAUUUUAAUGAACUCGAUGCGCAGCUUAUGUUUUUCUUCUUUAUAAAUAAAUUCAUGUUUUAGUUUGAA